CCUCAAACUUGCAAUUGCAUUAUUAUUUUCCCAUUGAAGAAAAAUUAAAGAGAUCGAUCGAUCCAGAUAGAUUAUGGCUUAUGUUGCUUUAACUUCUCUAAAGACAACAAUUGAGCUUCACUUUCUGCUGCAACCCAUCCCAAGAGUUUCUCUUCAUUAUCUUUAUCUUUAUGAUGUUCAAACACCCAUCACAUGUUUCUAUGAAGACCUUUCUUCUUUGCAGGCCUUUCUGGAAAACAAAUCCAGUGGCGGUGGCAGUGCUGCUGCAAUCAAAUAUUUUGAAACCAUAUUAAGAGACUUUGCACUCAAAGUUGAAGAUGAGAUCGAAAUCCAAGUAAGCAACUGUGUCAAAAACGACGACGCAGUUCAUCAAAAAGCAGCUUUCCAGCAACUCUGUCUAAUCUUGCAACAAGCACUAGAAAAGACUACAGAUGUGGUGGAGAUUAUCAACAGCCUAAAUAGACAGAAUGAUGAUUUAAAUUAUCUCAAGAGAAUAAUAGACGAUCAUCAUAUGAAGUCUAUAGAAUCCAAAGCGACGAGGGUGGUUUAUGAUCAAAUUCAAACCCUAUUCAAAUCUCUCAUUCAAAGCCGUCUUUCUUGUGUGCGACAAUUAUUUCGUCAUAUUCAUUCUCCUGCUGCAAUCAAAGAUUGGGAAACCAAAAUAAGAGAUUUAUUAGCUGUAGAUCGCAUGAAGCUACAACUCAGCAGUUUUCUUCUGGCCAAAGACACAGUAUAUGAAGAAGAAGCUUUCCAGGAACUGUGUCAAACCUUGCAACAAGCACAAGAAAAUAUAGUAGAGCUGGAGGAGAUCAUCAGCAAAGAAGAGGAGAGACGGAAGAUUGAUGAAUGUUGUAAUUAUUUAAAUAGUCUCAAGGGAAGACUUAUGUCUUUGCAAUCCAACACAAGGGCGCCUGACGACGUAGAAACAACCCUAGGAUCUCUCAAACAAACGCUCUUUUAUUUGAAAAAGUUUCUACUGCGUUCCGAUUUUGGUGGAUCUAGAGGUGAAAUCCAAAUCAGACACUUUGUAUUCAAAGCUAAAGAAGACAUCGAAAAACAAAUUAGGAACUUUUGUGUGGCCAAAGAAGAGCACAGCCUCAGCCUGCCAAAACAAGCUUCAGAACAACACUUUCAAACCUUGCAUCAACUAACCGAAAACGCAGCACAGCUGUUGAGCACUAUCGGCCGCAACACAAGGAAUGAAGCCAAUCAUACUCACUCUGAAUUUGAAUUCUCGCGGUGCUAUCCAAAGCUUGAGGAGGGCAGAAGAAUGGUGGGUCGUCAAAAUGAUGUUAGUAUGAUAAAGAAUCAACUCUUCAGUAGCUUUCAUGGUGUCAAAGUAAUCCCAAUUAUUGGGAUGCCAGGCAUAGGGAAAACUACUUUAGCAACAAAAAUCUUUGAAGAUCAAUCGGUUGCAUUGCAUUUCCAUGUACAAGGAUGGGUUACAGUGACUCAAAAUUACAAUGAGACCAAAGUGCUACGCGACCUUCUCCAGUCAAUUUCACAAAAUCGUGAAAUUAAAAAGGAAGCCCCUCUUCAAGGUCAGGUUCGUGAAUGCUUGAAGGAAAAGCGGUAUCUAAUUGUUUUGGAUGACAUUUGGAGCACUCAGCAUUGGGAUGAAUUAGAAUACUUAUUUUUCAAUUCUGCAGUGAAUGGAAGUUGCAUAUUGCUGACCACUAGAUUCUAUGGAGUGGCUGAUUAUGCUUGCACAAUCAGAGGUACACCUCAUGUUAUGAAUUUACUAAAUCCAAAUGAAAGUUGGGAUCUAUUCUGUACUAUCUUUCCUCUUCAAAGGUAUAGCAGGGCACCAAGUUUUGGAAAAUUCAGGAGUGACUUGUUCCAUGUUGUGGAAAUAUGUGAAGGAUUGCCACUAUCAAUUGUUGUAGUUGCUAAGCGCUUAUCUGAAUGCAAAAACAACUUACAACAUGAAUUGAAAAAGAUUGAAAAGGAAAUAGAAUUGUUGGGAAUUCUAGAUUAUAGUGCACUCAUUCUCAUGUACAAUCAGUUGCCAGAAUAUUUGAAAGGUUGUUUUCUAUAUCUUGGAGUCUUUCCAAAGUGCAGUGAGAUCCAAGUUAAAAUACUUCUUAGGUUAUGGAUUGCUGAAGGAUUUGUGAAGCCAUCGAAGAAUAAGGAGUUAGAAAGGAUUGCUUAUUGUUACUUAAAGGACCUCAUUGAUAGAAGUCUUGUGUUAAUAAGUAAACAGACUUUUGAUGGCAAAAUUAAGACUUGUAGGUUGCACAGUGUCAUGCAUAGCAUAUGUUUCAGAGAGGCUCAAAAAGAGGGAAUCUUAUGUGCAGUAAAUACUCGGCAACUCCCAAAGUGGUCAUUAAAUGCAUUUGCAAAUUCAUGCCGUUGGUUAACUUUGUGCAAACAUAGGUUUGACUAUUAUGUGUUGUAUAGUUUGAACAACCCUCGCUCCAUUUUCUUUUUUCAAGAAAACACUGAAAUUUUUGUAUCCUUCAAGCUGUUAAGAGUUUUGGCAUUUGUUCCAUCUUCAUUCCUCCAAAGAGUGCCAAUGCAUGUAGGGGAUUUAGUCUUUUUAAGAUAUUUAUCAGUAACACAAUGGUUUGAGGGUCUCAGUGAUGUAGUGUCAAGUAAUGUGAAUUUGCAGACACUUAUUGUUUCCGGUAGUGACAGUAAAUCACAACUUGGAGCACCUACUCUCCAUUUGCCAUCAACAAUAUGGGAGUUACCACAGUUAAGGCAUCUUGAACUUGGCACUUCCUAUGCUGUCAAUCCUCCAAGCAUGGUAAAACAGAAUUUGCAAACAUUAUCUUGGGUGGAUCCAACUCAUUGCAGAAACAGAGUGUAUUCAAAAUUUCCAAAUAUAAAAAUACUGAAAAUUUUCUAUAAAGUAGACUCAGAGGCCAGCCAGAUUAGUGGAUCUUCCAGCAAUUGCUUCAUUUUGGAUGAGUUGGACUAUUUAGGACGGCUUAAGAGUCUAACGAUUUCAGUUUCAGUUGGCUGCAUUGUAACGCUUCCUGAAAGGUGUAUUUUUCCUUCACAACUGAAGAAGUUGAAGUUGAGUGGUAUUAAUCUUUGUGGGUGGGAUUUAGUAGUAAUUGGGAGGUUGCAAUGGCUUGAGGUUCUAAAGCUGGAAAAUGUGUUCCAUGAAAAAGUAUGGGAAGUAGCUAAAAGAGGAUUCUAUAGAUUAAGAUUGUUGGUUCUUAAAGAUAAAAAGCUUGAAAGGUUGGAGGCUAACACAGAUUCUUUCCCAUGUCUUGAGCAUCUAGUCCUUAGAUGUUGUGAUUGUUUGGAAGAGAUCCCUAGCAGUUUUGGAGAAAUUUUCUGCUUCAAGUCAAUUGAAAUGGAUAGGUUUAGCCACCGCCCUUCCAUUGUUGCUUCUGCUAGGGAUAUUCAAGAGAAGCUAAAGAAGAAUUUUGGAAAAGAAAAUUUUGAGAUUAAAAUCCAAGGGCAUGGGCAGGGGCCUGAAGAGUGUUUUUCCGAAGAUGUUGAAAAGGCAAAUUCUGAGCCUGGCCAGGUUUGUCCACCCAAAAAGAGUAUAAAUUCAGUAGAUGGAGCAGGAAAUCCAAGGGCAGGGGCAGGGGCCUGAAAAUAUAGUAGAGUGUAUGGAAGAUGUUGAAAACGCAAAUUCUGAGAUAAAAAUGGAGGAGGAGGGUGAAUAUGAUGAAUGAGCAGAUGGUAGAAGAUGUUACAUCCACAAAUUAAAGAAAAAGAAAAAGAGAAAGAGAUGGACAAAUCUGUUAAAGUAGUGGCUCUGCUCUGCGGGCCAAUUCAAGUGGAUUUGAGCAAAAUGAAAUGAGGGAGCUGUGGGAGGGCAUUAUAUUAUGGUAUGCAACCUCAGCUAGCUCACCUCUUUUUUGCUUGAUUUGGAACAGAUCAGAUAUGGCGGCUGGCCUGGAUCAAAAUUCAGGGGGCUGAUUAUGAUGAAUGAGGGAGGCUAUACAGUAGUCUGAAUCACAGAAGAGUCUAUCUGUAAAGGACAACUUGGCCAUAGCCGAGCUUAAUUAACUGCAAUUAGAAAAAUGCACCGUGAAAAUUCGAUAUCUCUAGAAAUUCUCGCAAAGAAGAAAUGUUUUCUAUGAGAGAUUCGAUCAUUGAUGCUGGAAUAUGAAUGACAGGAUGGACCACAAAGUCAACCCGAAUCUCCCUUAUGAGAGAAGUUAAAGCAUCACAAGUUAUCUUUCUCUGUGUUUCUCCAUCUUUUUCUAUAUUGGUAAUGUUCAACAACUCUGCUGCAUUUUGUGAUGCUUCUCGCAAGGUUUGACAGAGUUUUUGGGAAGCUUCUUCUUGAUGGGGUGUGUGUUUGGACAGUAGAAGAAAGUUGCUUAGUUGUAUUUCAAUGUUGUCUUCAGUCUCAAGUGCAAAGUCUCUUAUUUUGGUUUCCAAAUCUCUGGGUGCACUACGAAAUUGGAAAAUGUCUAGAAAUUCUUGCAAAGAAGAAAGGUUUUGGAAGAAAGAUUUGAUUGGGGCUUCUUCAUCAUCAUCAUGAAGAAGGGACAGCCUUGGGUUGGGUUGCAGAAACUGAAGCUCAAGUGUUGCCAUCAGAGAAGUUAAGGCAACAUAAGCCAUCUCUCUCUCUCUCUUUUUGUGUGUUUGUUUGUAUGAGAAAAUGCAAUUGCAAAAGAUGAGAGUAAAAGAGAGUCUUUUGCUGGCUAGUAAAAGAAAGACUUAUAUUUAAACAAAGCCAGCAAAAACUACAGUUUUUUGGUUUUAAAUGACUCUAUACUCUAUAGGCGAUCAACCAAAUCAAUUAAAUCAACAAAUAUUACUAAUA